UCUGUCCUCAGUUCUAGUGUAAUGCUCACUGAUCACAUGAAGCUCCUAGCCCUCUCACGCGUCCUGGCCCUGAGCGUCUGCUUCGCAGGCAUUGUGUCCACACAGAUCCGGCAGAAGAGAGCGUGGAUUAUUGACUCCUUCAGUAUUGAGGAAGAGUAUGCAGGUCCUUACCCAUAUGUCUUGGGGAACAUUCCCCUGGAGCGUUCAUAUCUGGUUAACUUCUGGUUGAAAGGCAGCGGUGUGGAUGAAGAACCAACAGGCAUUCUGAGCAUUGAUAACAACAAGGGCAUUGUUUACGUGCACAAGAAAAUAGACUUCGAGGCCUAUCAGGUCCUCAGGCUAACAUUUGAAGCUAGGAAUGUUUCCAAUAAAGAAGUAGACACCAGACUUGGUGUUGAGGUCAAGAUAUUGGACGUUAACGACAACUCCCCGGUGUUUCAGCAGUCGGUCUAUGAAGUUAAUUUACAUGAAUCUGCAGUUCAGGGUGAAAAAGUGAUAACAGUCAUGGCUACGGAUAAUGAUGACUCAACAACUCCGAAUGGCACCUUUUCAUUAAAAAUCAAGUCUGUCACUCCAAAAACCGACAAUGUCGAGUUCUUCAUAGAGCAGGUUGAGAACACCAACACAGGGACGAUAUAUUUCCGGGGCUGUUUGGAGUAUGAGAUGGCACAGAAAUAUACUAUCCUGAUCGAAGCCAAAGACCACGGGAACAAGAUACAGCUGUCCAGUACGGCCACGGUGUUAAUCAAAAUUAUUGACAAAAACAAUCACCUCCCUGAAAUAACUAGUCAGACAGGCCCUGGAACAAUACCGGAACAUCUGAGCAGAGCCGAAGUUCUGUACUUGCAAGUGACAGACAAAGACAGCCAUGGCUCAGCUGCCUGGAAGGCCAAAUUCCAAAUUAAAGGAGACAAGGAAAACUAUUUUGAAAUUAAAACGGAUCCCACAACCAACAAAGGAAUACUGUCAGUUGUAAAGCCAAUGGAUUACGAGCUGGAAACAUCGCGAAACCUGUCGGUCAGCGUGGAGAAUGAGGUCCCCUACUUCUCCUGCGAGAUCACGGGACGUCCCAAUCAGAGACUAUGGAACGUAAAAACAGUUAAAGAAGGGUCCAGCCUGUAUCUGCCCAAACUGUAUCCCAUAACCAUCGGUGUGAUUGAUGUCAAUGACCCUCCGGAGUUUGUACCACGUGUUAAGGAAGUGAUGAUCAUGGAGAACUCAGCGACAGGCACCUACCUGUACACGCUCAAGGCCAUAGACCCUGAUAAAACGUUUGCCAGCAAGUUUCACUAUGCCAAAGGUCAAGAUGUUGAUAACUGGGUGAAUAUAGAUUCCAAAACUGGUAAAGUCACUACUGCAAAAGUUCUGGACAGAGAAUCUCCUCUUCUGAAGAACAGUACCUACACAGUUCUCACUUAUGCUGUGGAUAAUGGUGUGCCUCCAUCUACGGGCACCGGAACUCUCGUCAUCCACGUGGGUGACGAGAACGACAACGUGCCCGUGCUGGACAGGACCAGUCUGGUAAUGUGUCUGUCUGAAGGGCCCACCACAGCAAACCUCACCGCCACAGACCAGGACCUGCCCCCGUUCGGCGGACCCUUUACCUAUGAGCUCCAGGGGGACGUUAAAAGAAGAUGGAAGAUGGAUCCCAACUUUGGGACAACCGUGAACCUGGUCAAAGAGAACACAGUCUACUCGGGUGUUUACAAGGUUCCGAUCAAAACAUCUGACAACCAGGGCCGUUAUGCGAUUCAAAACCUGACGGUCACCGUGUGUGACUGCACCAUCUCAGCAAGCUGCCACCUUCGUAGGAUGUCAGGGUCCCACAUCGCCUUCAGCGCCAUGGGGAUCAUCGUGUUGGCUGCGCUGCUCCUGCUCGCAAUGCUCCUACUCGCCAUUCUGAUUUCCUGUAAAAACGUGAAGAAGAUGAUCCCCACAGACGAAGACGCUGUCUGGCACCUCAUCACGUCCAACAUUGAGACGCUUGGCACCGAUUGUAUGUUACCUGUUACAACAGAAAACGACCAUAGCAGAAAUAGAACCAAGGACCAGAAAGGAAGUGGUCAAAAUAAUGGCAGAUUUCGCUACAGAGAUUCUGAAUGGGAGGCCUGGAUGAUGGAUUUUAACAGUACCUUCCAGCUCCGACAGAACUUGAUCAUUCAGAUUGGACAGAACAUCCUCCGGCUCAAGGCCACGGACGAGCUGACGAAUUACAGCCCCCACUGCUACGCAGAAGAGGGCGAGCUCGAGAAGGACUUCUGCCUGGAUGACCUCUCCAUUGCGGCCAGUGAGACCCAUCUAGAUGACCUUUCAGAUCUGGACCAACGUUUCAACAAGCUGGCGGCUAUAUGCAAGCCUGAUCUAAUAUCUCAGAUUUAGCGAAAACACACAUUCUGUAAAAAACAGAACUAAAAAACCAUAACCACCUAUAGUAAUGUUUGAUCAUGAAUAAUAAUACCACAGAAAACUUUCUAGAAACACUGCACCGAGUGUAGGUGCAUUUUUGAGAGGAUUUUCUUGCAAUAUUCACUUUCUCAUGAUUUAAUAAGUCAAAUUGUCAGUAGUUUGUUAGAAGUAAACUGAAACACUGUUUUUAGCUUCAGUCCUGAAAACUCUGGUGUGGAAGAUGCAUCAAUGUCCCGGUGUUUGAUUUUUUUUAAAAGUCCUGCACAUGUUGUGUGUCUUCAUAUCAGUCAAGCUUAUGCAACUAAUUCAAGACUUCCUAGAAGCACCAAUAACUAACUCAUGUGUUCCUAAGAAAAAAGUUCUUAAUGAAGACAGCUGCAGCUGAAGGCUGCAUUCCUCCAACAUUUAAACAUCUUUUUUUUUACACAUAUUUUUUAACAUGGGGCUUCUGUUUAUCUUUUACAUGAAAGCCAAGGUUUCUGGAGGACAGUAUACUCAUUUCUUUAGGUGACAGCCCAAGCAGUGCUGCACAUGUAGAUGUUUCUUUUUAGAAUGUGUGUGUAAAAGCUGUAAUACGUAUUUCCUAAAGUUCUUCUGGUGUUGUGCAUCACCUGUGCUUUUGUUUUGAACAUACCUACACAGGACUGGGAGUUGUGGGAUAUUCAGUGAUUUAAAGAAAGAAUCAAAUUGUAUUUGUUUUUUUUUCCUUUCCCAAAAACUAAAGUAAAGUACAGACAGACAGACAGACAGA